CUUUACAAACCCAUCCCGCACAUCUAGAACCAUCUCACUUUGAAAAACCUCCAGACUCACACUCUCUUCUCCUUCUUCUUUCCUCUACUUCCUCUUCAUCUCUCCCCUCUCUCUGCGCGAAAACCUAACAAUGUCGGCGAUGAUGCAGCCACAGAUCAUCCUUCUAAAAGAAGGCACAGACACAUCUCAAGGAAAAGCUCAACUAAUCAGCAACAUUAAUGCUUGCUCUGCCAUCGCCGAUGUCGUGCGUACAACUCUAGGUCCUCGAGGAAUGGACAAGCUUAUUCAUGACGAUAAAGGUAACACCACCAUUUCUAAUGAUGGCGCUACUAUUAUGAAGCUCCUUGAUAUUAUUCAUCCCGCUGCUAAGAUUCUCGUCGAUAUCGCCCGUUCUCAAGAUUCUGAGGUGGGUGAUGGUACCACAACAGUUGUUAUACUAGCUGGUGAAUUUUUGAAGGAGGCAAAGCCUUUUAUUGAAGAUGGAGUCCAUCCACAAAAUUUGAUCCGAAGUUAUCGAAUUGCUGCCCAUUUGGCUAUCGAGAAGGUUAAAGACUUGGCUACCAGCAUUGAAGGACAUAGUUUGGAAGAAAAGAAAAGCUUAUUAGCCAAGUGUGCAGCAACAACACUCAGCUCAAAGCUUAUAGGUGGAGAAAAAGAUUUCUUUGCACAAAUGGUUGUUGAUGCGGUUCUUGCUGUUGGAAUUGAUGACAGGUUGAGCAUGAUUGGAAUUAAAAAGGUACCAGGAGGCAAUAUGCGAGACUCAUUUCUCGUCAAUGGUGUAGCUUUUAAGAAGACAUUCUCUUAUGCUGGUUUUGAGCAACAACCUAAGAUGUUUCUGCAACCUAAGAUACUCCUUUUGAACAUUGAAUUGGAACUGAAAUCUGAGAAAGAAAAUGCAGAGAUAAGGCUUUCAGAUCCAUCCCAGUAUCAGUCGAUUGUUGAUGCUGAAUGGAAUAUAAUCUAUGAUAAAUUGGAGAAAUGUGUGCAGACUGGUGCUAAAAUUGUUCUUUCACGGUUGGCAAUUGGGGACUUGGGAACACAGUAUUUUGCUGAUAGAGAUAUCUUUUGCGCUGGUCGUGUUGCUGAAGAAGAUCUGCAGCGUGUUGCUGCUGCAACUGGUGGAACCGUCCAAACAUCAGUCAACAACAUAAUUGAUGAGGUUCUUGGAACAUGUGAGGUAUUUGAGGAGAAGCAAGUUGGAAAUGAGAGGUUCAAUAUUUUCAGUGGAUGUCCAACUGGGCAUACAGCCACUAUUGUUCUUCGUGGUGGAGCUGAUCAGUUCAUUGAAGAAGCGGAGCGCAGCCUGCAUGAUGCUAUUAUGAUAGUUAGAAGAGCUGUUAAGAACUCUACUGUUGUUGCUGGUGGGGGAGCCAUAGAUAUGGAAGUAAGUCGUCACUUAAGACAGCAUGCGAGGACUAUAGCAGGAAAAUCUCAGCUGUUCAUAAACUCUUAUGCCAAAGCGUUGGAGGUUAUCCCAAGACAGCUUUGUGACAAUGCUGGAUUUGAUGCAACUGACGUGCUGAACAAAUUGAGACAGAAGCAUGCACUUCCCUCUGGUGAGGGUGCUAAUUACGGGGUGGACAUCAACACUGUAGGCAUAUCUGAUUCAUUUGCCAAUUUUGUUUGGGAACCAGCAGUUGUAAAAAUUAAUGCAAUAAAUGCGGCAACAGAGGCAGCCUGUCUUGUCUUAAGUGUUGACGAGACCGUGAAAAAUCCCAAGUCAGAAAGUGCUCAAGGAGAUGCUGCCGCAAGUGCCAUGGGAGGUAGAGGACGAGGAGGAGGUGCAUUCCGUGGUCGUGGGCGGGGAAUGAGAAGGCGAUGAGCAUAAUCUAGCAGAUCUUGCAGUGUUGUAGGAAUCUGUUAAAGUUUUGGUGUGAUGCUAUCCUUUUUGUGGCAUGUCAAGUUAUCUGGAAGGGCUAUAUCUGUCGAGCGUAUCUUACUGAACAGAAAAGUACGUAUACGCUUGACAAUCUGUGCUUCAGACACAGUGGGUUCGAGUUGGUUCGAGUUAAUGAAGCCCUGUCUUGCUAUGUGUAUUGUGCUUCUAGUUUGUGCCACAAGUAGAUUCUAUUUUUUUUUUUGUUUGAUUCGAAUAUAAUUUUAGGGUUUUGAUGGAGAAUUUGUUUAAAAAUUUUGGUUGAUGUGUAGGGGAUUAGUUGAUAUGCCAUAUUCGGAUCACUCUUUUAUGUACUGCAACAUUGGAUAUUUAACGAAGAAAAAAAAAUAUGAAAAGGCUAUAUUAUCCUAA